AUGGCCGCGGUGGCGCUGUCGGGGACGUCGACGCAGCUGUCGUCGUCGCCGUCUGCGAUGGUGACGCAGUUCCCGGGCCGGCGCGGGAUACUGGAGGCGCCGUCUGGAUCCAAGUACGGGGAUUUCCUGAGGACGUGGACGGACUCGCAUGUGCAGCAGUGGCUGCAGGAGAUCAGAUGCGGGCACCUCGCCGCGACGUUCAAGCAGAACGACAUCCGAUCCGAUGUCCUGCUCGAGCUCGAGCAGGCGACCCUCAAGGAGAUGGGCAUCACCUCCAUCGGCGACCGCCUCCGCAUCCUCAACGCCGUCAAGGCCCUCAGGGCGCGCUGCAACACCCGCUCCCAUCAGGCCAGGACGUCUAUUCUGCUCGAAACAACGCCGGCGGCAGCGGCAGUGCCAGCGCCCCAGCGAUCGCCGUCGACGUCGCGCAGGCCGGCGCCACUGCAGCUCGCCACGCGCCCGUUGCCGAGCCACCCGGGUCCCAACUCGGCAGCAGCCACGACGCCGCUGUCCGGGCACCCGAACAGAAGCAACAGGCUGGCGCCGCCCCCGAUGCCGCCCCCCAGCACCGGCUCACGCACCCCGAUCAACGCGCCCGACUACACGAACCAGCCCCUGCCACCGGCACCGAACAACUCCCUUUUGACGCCCGUGUCCGCCCAGCCGGCGUCCUGGACUCCCUUUGGCCUCCCAUCCGAUCCUCGCGCAAACAAGCCGCCGAGGAGCACGUCGCCACUGCCGAACCCGCCACCGCGCGGGGCCUCGUUCAGCCCUGGUUUCGCACCCUCGCGUUCACCGGCAUUGCAGGCGGCAGCACAUGGCCGCAACCUAUCUGCAUCAUCGGUCACGCCUCCCAAUCCGCCGCCCAAACCGAGUAAUCGGCCCAGUACGGCAGGCAGCCAUCCAUAUGCGCUUCACCCGCCAGGGAACAAUGCCCUCAGCCCCAUCAACGAAGGUUUCAACUCUACUUUGCCCUCGCCCGGCGGGUUCGCGGUCGGGCGCGGUCCAUUCCCUCAGGGCCAGCAACAACAGGCUCAGCUCCAGCAGCAACAGUCCACGCGUCCCGGCACACCCUCUGCGCCAUCCAAUGCGCCGAGCCUCGUCGAUCUUCGCCGGCAACUUGUCAAGUUCCAGCUCGCAGACGAAGGGCGCGGGACGACAAUCAACGUCGAGGAUUGUUCCGGUGGCGUCGAAGUCGUCGAACGCGCGCUUCGGAAGUUCGGCAAGCUCGCACCGGGUAACCGAGCUGCCGAACGCGCUGGUACCGACGAGGGUGGAUUAUCUGUCGACGGCUGGAGUGUGUACCUCGAUUGGGGUGAUGACUCGAGGCAGGGAACACCGCUCUCUGAGGCCCAGCUGCUUGCGAUAUGCCACUCCAAGGCGGACGAUCCCGCGCGCGAGCGUGGGCUCACACUCCGCCGCUCAGCGAAAUCCGCUGCGCGCAUGAAAGCCCUUGCAGCACUCAGUCCCUCCUCGGCAGACCCGAGCACGACUCCUCCGCUCUCACCGCUACAAACGACCAUGAACCCCGACCUGCUCUUACCCGACGACCCGCCAGCACGGCCGAGGAAUUACCGCCGCGCCUCAACGAUAUCCGUCUUGUCGGGUUUGGGCGUCCCAUUCCCCGAAAAGGCCACAGACGCGAUGGAAAACGACCGCCCGCUAUCGCCCUCUUCACCCGCUUCGGCCGCAUGGACCAAACAAGGCCGUCGCGCCUCAGCCGCCGCAGCCAAAGUUCGCAACUUCUUCGGCCAACGCCCGCCCUCCGAGCUCAUCGGCGCCCAUCUACGCGAGUUCUUCCCCACCGCCGACCGCCGCGUGCUCAAACGCACGAGCAUCAUGCGCGCGAGCGGUGUGCCCGGGCAGCGCCGCGAUUCGGCCGGCGCCGGGAGGAGAGACUCGACGUGGAGUUUCCACCCGGCGCAGGGUCCUGGCAGUCGGUUCAGCGUGUCGACUGUUGGGAGUGGCGGGGCCAGGGCGAGCAAGAGGGUCAGCAUGGCUAGUAUGGCGCCUAGCAUCAAGCCGAGAGCCGGUAUGGAGUUGCCGCCCGACGAAGCUGCUAGUGCCACUGGUACACCGAGGGUCAGCAUCAGUACAGACGACGAGACGCUCGCGGAUAACGACGACGACUCGUCAAGGCCGGCGAGCAGCAUCACGCCCAAUACCGCCGGUCUUCUCCCACCUGUUGAGUUCCCGCGCGAGAGCCUCAGCGAUUCCCUCAGCGCAACGCUCGCUGCACCGAACCCGAGCCGCGCGAGCAGGCGCUUGAGUCAUGUUACGGAGCUGAAGAGCAAGGCAAAGGAUACGAGCGAUGCGGCCAGUAUGAUGACGGUCGACGAGAUCACCGAGGCAGUCGAGACACGGCGUAGCGUGCGGAAGGGAGAGGCUGAUACGGCCAGCAUGAUCGAGGGCUGGACGCAUGUGGGCGGUGAUGAGGCUGUCGAGGAGGCCGCUGAGGCUGCACCUGUUACGCCCGACGAUGUGCCGAUGGAGGAAGAGGACGUCGACGUGGACGUUGAGGAGUACGAUGACGAGGAGUAUGACGAGGAGACGGAGGAAGAAGAGGACGAGGAUGAGGAGGACCUUGACGAGGACGAGGAUGAAGAGGAGGAUGACGAAGAGGACGGGACUGGUCGUGCGGAGACGAGUGGCGAUAUUAAGUGGAUCAAGGGCGCGCUCAUUGGAAGCGGCUCUUUCGGCCGCGUGUAUCUUGGUAUGGACGCAACAAAUGGACUUCUUAUGGCCGUCAAGCAAGUCGAGCUGGCGGGCGAUAUGAACGGCGAGCGCCGACGCGGGAUGGUCGAGGCUCUUGAGCGCGAGAUCGAGCUACUCAAGGACCUACAGCAUGAUCAUAUCGUGCAGUACCUCUACUCCUCUGCCGACGACGCGCACUUCAAUAUCUUCCUCGAAUACGUCCCUGGUGGAAGUGUCGCCGCUCUGCUGAGGAAUUAUGGCGCGUUUGAGGAGCCUCUCGUCAGGAACUUCGUGAAGCAAAUCCUGGAGGGCUUGGACUACGUGCACGAACGCGGGAUCGUGCACCGUGACCUCAAGGGUGCGAACGUGCUCGUGGACAACAAGGGCGGUAUCAAGAUCUCCGACUUCGGUGUUAGUAAGAAGCUCGAAGACAACUUGAUGCCCGGCAACCGCCUACACCGUCCCUCCCUUCAAGGCUCCGUCUUCUGGAUGGCGCCUGAAGUCGUCAAACAGACUGCUUACACCAAGAAAGCUGACAUUUGGUCCGUCGGCUGUCUCGUCGUCGAGAUGUUCACGGGCGAGCACCCGUGGGCGCAGCUCAACCAGAUGCAAGCUAUCUUCAAGAUCGGCGCCGGCAAUACGCCUCCGCCCAUCCCGCGCGACAUCUCCGCGGACGCCCAGGCGUUCUUGGAGAGGUGUUUCGAGCUCGAUCAUAAUGCACGGCCGAGUGCGGGCGAGCUGUUGCAACACGCGUGGCUGGCGAAGAAGGUUGGCAAGGCAGGCAGGAGAGAUGCGCUUGCCGUUGCUGUCGCUACUGCCAGCAUGCAAUGA